ACUUAGAAUUUAAUGGGGAGCAAUAAACAUAUGUAUACAGAAAAAUAUCUAAGAAGAAUGGUACCAUAUGAGGCUGGAGAAGUGGAUAGGGGCCUGGUUAUUUUGGACUUAUAGGCCAUAGAACAGCUUUUGAACUCCAUUCAAAGUACCAUCAGAAACCAUUAAAAGGUUUGAGGCAAGGAAGUGACAUGAUCCAACUUUCAUUGUAAGAAAAUUUUUCUACUGCUAUGUAGAGAAUAAUUGUGGUCAGGAUUCAGUAAUGGAUGGGGGAAACCAAUAGGAUGCUGUUGAGGGGUCUAGACCAGGGUGAUCUGAACUGGGAUAGUAGCAUAAGAGAAAUAAGUGGAUGUGAGAUGUGUUUUCAGUAACACUGACAUGACUUCUUGAUGGUCUGGAAGUAGGAGAUGGGGAUAAGGAAGGUAGAAGAAUCAAUGGGAUCCCUGGGUUUCUAGUUUGAGCAUUUUGAUGGGUAGUAACUAUUGAGACUGGGAAGAGCAUGAGAGGAACAAGUUGUGGUUGGAAAUCAGGAGUUUAUUUGGAUGUAUUAAGUUACAGAUAUCUGUGUGACAUCUAAGAGAGAACUUUGAAUAGGCAGCUGGAUACACAGUCUAAAGUACAGUGAAGAGGAGUGGAUGGGCGAUGUAAAUUUUAGAUUAAACAUCUUACAGAUAAUAUUUAAAGCCAAGAGAAUGGUGACAUCAUCUAGGGAGACAUUAUAAAGAGGAAAGGAGGGCUCACAGAUCCCAAUAUUAAGAAAUCAGAUAGAAGAAAUAUCUGAGAAGAUUUACAAGGAAAUCCCAGAGAGUGUCAGAUCAGAGAGGCCAAUAAAAGAGGGUUUUAGGAAGGAGAGAAUAGUCAGCUAUUGGAAGUGCCACCAAGAAUUGAAGAAGGGAAGAGAAAAGGAUUCUUCUUUCAAGUUCCUGCUGAACUUGAUCCGUGGCCACUUGUUCUCAUGGUUUCAAGGCACGAUGAGACACACUGGCCCUUGGAAACUUUGGCUUUGGAUGUCAAUGUUCCUGCUUCCUGCUUCCACUUCCGUGACCGUUAGGGACAAGACAGAAGAGUCAUGCCCUAUCCUGAGAGUAGAGAGACAUCAGCUGACAUAUGACAAUAUAAACAAACUUGAAGUUUCAGGUUUUGAUCUAGGAGAGAGAUUUUCUUUGAGACGUGCAUUUUGUGAAAGUGAUAAAACCUGUUUCAAAUUGGGAAGUGCACUUCUUAUUAGAGACACUAUUAAGAUAUUUCCCAAAGGCCUUCCUGAGGAGUACUCCGUAACCGCCAUGUUUCGAGUACGAAGAAACACCAAAAAGGAACGGUGGUUUCUGUGGCAGGUUUUAAACCAGCAGAAUAUUCCACAGAUUUCUGUAGUAGUUGAUGGUGGAAAGAAGGUGGUGGAAUUUAUGUUUCAAGCCACAGAGGGAGAUGUGUUGAACUACAUUUUUAAAAAUCGAGAACUUCGUCCUUUGUUUGAUCGUCAGUGGCAUAAACUUGGCAUUAGUGUACAAUCCCGGAUCAUUUCACUCUACAUGGAUUGUAAUUUAAUUGCAAGCAGGCAGACUGAUGAAAAGGACACUGUGGAUUUCCAUGGACAGACAGUUAUUGCUGCGCGAGCUUCAGAUGGCAAGCCUGUGGAUAUUGAACUUCACCAACUUAAAAUCUACUGUAGUGCAAACUUCAUAGCUCAAGAAACAUGUUGUGAAAUGUCAGACACUAAGUGCCUAGAACAGGAUGGUUUUGGAAAUAUUGCAUCAUCAUCAGUAACUACUCAUGCCAGCAAAAUGUCUGCAUAUCUUCCAGUAAAGCAGGAACAUAAAGACCAGUGCCAGUGCAUUCCGAACAAGGGAGAAGCAGGAUUACCAGGAGCUCCGGGUUCACCUGGGCAGAAAGGGGAUAAAGGAGAGCCGGGUGAAAAUGGUUUACAUGGUGCUCCAGGAUUACCUGGUCAAAAGGGUGAACAAGGAGAAAAAGGAGAUCCAGGUCUGGCUGGCCUUAAUGGAGAAAAUGGUUCAAAAGGUGACUUGGGUCCUUCUGGUCCACCUGGCCCAAAAGGAGAAAAGGGAGAUACAGGACCCCCAGGACCACCAGCCUUGCCUGGUUCCCUGGGGAUACAAGGCCCCCAAGGUCCACCUGGAAAAGAGGGUCAGAGGGGAAGACGAGGGAAAACAGGACCUCCAGGAAAACCAGGACCCCCAGGACCGCCUGGACCUCCUGGAAUACAAGGAAUACACCAGACUCUUGAUGGAUAUUAUAACAAGGAUAACAAGGGAAAUGAUGAACAUGAAGCUGGUGGCCUGAAAGGAAACAAGGGUGAAACUGGACUUCCAGGAUUUCCAGGGUCUGUUGGCCCUAAGGGACAAAAAGGAGAACCUGGAGAACCUUUUACAAAAGGAGAUAAAGGAGAUAAAGGAGAACCUGGGAUAAUAGGAUCACAGGGAGUAAAGGGUGAACCUGGAGAUCCUGGUCCCCCUGGUUUAAUAGGAAGCCCAGGACUAAAGGGUCAGCAAGGAUCUGCAGGCUCCAUGGGACCCAGAGGACUUCCAGGAGAUGUUGGAUUGCCAGGAGAACAUGGUAUCCCAGGAAAACAAGGCCUUAAAGGAGAAAAGGGAGAUCCAGGUGGGAUCAUAGGCCCUCCAGGACUUCCAGGUCCAAAAGGUGAGGCUGGUCCUCCAGGAAAAAGCCUGCCAGGGGAACCAGGAUUGGAUGGAAAUCCUGGAGCACCUGGUCCACGUGGGCCAAAGGGUGAAAGAGGACUUCCAGGUGUUCAAGGUUCCCCAGGGGACACAGGCUCACCAGGGGUAGGAAUUCCUGGCAGAACAGGCUCCCAAGGACCAGCUGGAGAGCCAGGUAUUCAGGGUCCUCGAGGUCUUCCUGGGUUGCCAGGAACUCCAGGGACUCCGGGAAAUCAUGGAGCUCCAGGGAGGGAUGGAAAGCCAGGCCUGCCAGGCCCCCCAGGUGACCCGAUUGCACUUCCUCUCUUAGGAGACAUCGGUGCUUUGCUCAAGAAUUUCUGUGGCAACUGCCAAGCCAGUGUCCCAGGGCUGAAAAGCAACAAAGGAGAAGGAGGAGGCACUGGUGAGCCUGGAAAGUAUGAUUUCGUGACCCGGAUGGGUGAUACAGGGCCACGGGGUCCUCCAGGAAUCCCAGGCAGAGAGGGACCAAAGGGAAGCAAAGGAGAGCGGGGCUACCCUGGGAUACCUGGGGAGAAAGGCGAUGAGGGUCUUCAAGGAAUUCCAGGCAUUCCAGGUGCUCCAGGCCUGACUGGACCCCCUGGCUUAUUGGGAAGAACUGGACAUCCUGGUCCCACAGGAGCAAAAGGUGAAAAGGGCAGCGAGGGACCCCCUGGGAAACCUGGACCACCUGGUAUUCCAUUCAAUGAAGGAAAUGGCAUGAGCAGUUUAUAUAAAAUUCAGGGAGGUGUGAAUGUUCCCAGUUACCCAGGGCCACCUGGUCCUCCUGGCCCAAAAGGCGAUCCUGGCCCAGUGGGAGAGCCUGGUGCAAUGGGAUUGCCAGGAUUAGAAGGAUUUCCAGGUGUAAAGGGAGAUCGAGGCCCAGCUGGUCCCCCGGGAAUAGCAGGGAUGUCGGGAAAACCUGGUGCCCCAGGGCCCCCAGGAGUUCCAGGGGAACCGGGUGAGAGAGGACCUGUUGGAGAUAUAGGUUUCCCUGGACCAGAAGGACCCUCAGGAAAGCCAGGAAUAAAUGGAAAAGAUGGAAUACCAGGUGCUCAGGGCAUCAAGGGUAAGCCCGGAGACAGAGGCCCCAAAGGAGAACGUGGUGAUCAGGGGAUUCCAGGAGACAGAGGCCCACAAGGUGAACGGGGAAAACCAGGCCUUACAGGCAUGAAGGGAGCCAUCGGUCCUAUGGGUCCCCCAGGAAACAAGGGCUCCAUGGGAUCACCUGGCCACCAAGGCCCUCCGGGCUCUCCAGGCACCCCUGGCAUUCCAGCUGAUGUAAUUUCGUUUGAAGAAAUAAAGAAGUAUAUUAAUCAAGAAGUCCUAAGGAUUUUUGAAGAGAGGAUGGCUGUGUUCCUAUCCCAGCUCAAGCUGCCAGCAGCCAUGUUGGCUGCCCAACCUCAUGGGAGGCCCGGGCCACCAGGGAAGGAUGGGUUGCCUGGGCCACCAGGAGACCCUGGACCCCAAGGCUACCGAGGACAGAAGGGAGAAAGAGGUGAACCUGGAAUUGGGCUGCCAGGGAGUCCAGGUCUUCCUGGGACUUCAGCUCCGGGUUUACCAGGCUCACCAGGUGCUCCAGGUCCCCAGGGCCCCCCAGGACCCAGUGGAAGAUGUAACCCAGAAGAUUGCCUCUAUCCUGUGUCUCAUGCCCACCAGGAGACAGGUGGGAAAUGAACACACCUGAAGAAGUCUUGGUUCCUGGUGAUGCCUCCUUGCCAUUGGAGCUAUCUUAAUACCGUCAAACCCUCAUGAUAUGUGGUUUGCUUUUUUUUUUUUUUGAGUAAGCCAGACAUUAAAAGCAACCAUUUGAAUCCUAUUCCGAUAGCAAUUGCAAAUCAGCAUUUUUUGAUUUUUUCCAAAUUCAUUCCAUAUGUUUUGCUUUACAAUUGCUAUGAUUUUUAGUCAGAGAUAUGAAAUAUGCAAGCAAAUCUUAUCAUUAGUUCUUCUUCAAAAGGAAAUUGCAUCUUGUGACUUAGUAGACUGAUGAUGAUAUCCAUUUUGUAGACUCAUCAACAUGUGGUUGGCCUUUGAUUUCUGAAUUUUAAAGUUACAGACUUAUCUUUAAGUUUUCUUGGUGUUUAAAUUUACUAUCAUUGCUAAACAUUUUGUCAACUUUUUUGAUAUAGUGCAUUGCUCCUGUUGAAUGUUUUUUGACUACUUUUUAUAACUUAAGAAUUCUUAUGCCAUCUACAUCUAUCCUACUUAUGCUGAAAAAUAGGCAAUAAGAACUUCAUUUUAUAACUUGUGUUUUGAAAAAAAAAAACACAGGAAACUAUUUUAUCAGGGAGCCCAAACACCCAGCAUAGCCAACUACUGAAAUUAUUUUGUUAAUUCUGUAUAAUGAGCUCAAUUCAAAGCAAUCACCACUGGCAUGAAUAAGUACUACAGGAAAAGGGAGUAUCAAAUUCCAGUUGGAUAUAAGUUCUGCAAAAAAAAAAAGCCUAAUACUCUGUGGUCCUCCCGCUGAGUUUCUCAUAUGGUGAACAGAAAGCUGUUUUCCCUAUGAGGUGUUUGGUAGUGAAACCACCAAGCUGUCUUUGGUACUAUUAAAGCUUCAAUGGCCUAGCAAGAUCUUUGGGCUCCUGUGUCCGUUAUCCUUAUGACCUCAUCACCCUCGACUUUAAGACAAGAAGCCACCAGCAGAACAAAGGAUGGGAUGUGUAACAAAUGGAAAAGAAACUCAGUUGUCCUAGAAGAUGAAUUUGUAGCAUCAGCAAAUGCAUAUUAAGAAGGUAAGGCCCAACAGCUCUUAAGGAGAAUUAUAUUUCUCCAGAAGCUGCAGCAAGAGGUACAGCUCAACAAAGGAGAACCAUAGGACUGAAUAGGCAACUAGUGCUCAGACCGAAGAGCUCACUCCCACUCCAAAACCAUGUCCUCUGAAAAGAAACAAAAAUACAGUGAUCAUCAACCAGAUGACUAAACAGUCUUCCUAUGGAUUAGCUAUACAUUAAUUGAGGAACUGUUGGUUGACAGGCACUGAUUCUUUAGAAUACUGGGCCUAGGGAUGUUGCAGAAAUCUAGAUGAUGGGUCUCACAAAUGUGAGAAUAUGCCGCAAAGAGCCUGCCUGUCACAGCAAUCAGGAUUCACACAUGAUUCAGACUUCAAUUUGGCUAAAACAGGCUGGGAUGAUUGCUUUUGUCUGUUUACUGAAAAAUGAGUUUAGAAAGGCAAGCCCACUGAAAUUGGAAAAAGCUGUGAACAGAGUUGUGUCUGAGGAACGUGCCUAAUUUAAGGCAUCGUGAUUUGAACUGUUUUUCAUUAUAGAUUAAUGAACUGCUGGUCAGGUACUGUCUACAAUGGCUGUGCAUACCUACAACGUUUUAGGUAUUUCAUAUUGAAUUAUGCUGUAUAUUUCAAUUCCAAGUUUAUUUUAUUUUACAAGGUUAUUUUAUUUAUUGUAAGCAUUUUGAAAUUGAUUUUCUUUUUUGCUUUCUUUCUUGUGCAAUACCCACAAUGGUGCUGUGUUUUAAAUUUACACAAUUGGAAUAUAGAUAUGUGUUUUCUUAGUAAAUGGUAAUUUAUCCCAAAAAAGUGUACAUAGAUCUAAAAUUUGGUGCUAUGUGUAUAUCUUGAGCUUUUAAUUCGUUGAAUUUUCUAAAAGCUUACAAGUUAUCUGCCACUCAUAUUAAUUUACUUGAAUUCGUCAAAAAGCUAAACAUUUUGUAUGUUUUCAAAGAUUAUUUUUUUCAUAUUAAUAGGUGGUUUAUCUGUUUGCCUCUUUGCUAAUUUAAAAAUAUUUAUUUUAUCAUUUUAAUGUUUUCAUGGCCUUGUUUGCUGAUGAUAAUCAAUUUUGGGUUUUUUUUUUUUUUUUUUUUGGUUUUUGAGUUGUUCCUUUCAUAGACAUAAAAAGACAAUUCAUUUUCUUGUUUUAUUACCCGUUCAUUUUUAUUCUACAAAAUAUGUCAUGCAUUCUUUUUUACAAAUUGUAUAUUUAGAAAUUUUUCUAAAUUCCAUUAAUGCGUGACUGGUUAAUUCAUAUUUCAAGAAUUUGUAUUUAUUUAGGUAAUUUGAUGGGAUGGGGAAAUACUAUAUGAUGCAUGUUACAAAGCGGAUUUGUCACAAUGACACAAGCUUAUUUUUGGUAACUGGGAAAUGUGACUAAAUUUGACAUAACUAGAGAAACAGGGCUGUGUUCACAUGGUACAAGCCUUUCUCACCCUGCUCUGUUAUUUACGUUCAGAUACUUUUCCUGCCUCAGCUCUGUACACAUGAUGUGCAACAAAGGGCAACAAGAAAUGCUGGGUCCAGCUAAUUUAACAAAAAAUGAAGUGGAGCUUUGGCAGUUGCCCAAUUCCUUUAAUAAAAAGAAAGUAAAUAAUUUGGGCCCCAAAGUAGGUUGGGAAAUGUUCCUCUAAAUGACUUGGUGGUCGCCAAAUCCCUUGUACCAUUUUAUUCUAUUCCAAAACGUGUUUAUUUCCACAUAGAUGUUAGUGAUGUUCAAAGCAGGGGAGAAGAAUGAUUCAAUUUCAUGAAUUAUCUCUUGUUUGCACUCCAGAAAACAACAUACAUGUUUAAAUACAAAAUAAUUAUGAGCCAUGAUGCCAAUUAAUAUUAAAACUGUGUUCCAUAUGCAAGUAUGUCUGAAUUCCAAGCUUACAUUUUGUAACAAACUCAAAACACUUUCAGACAGAAGUCUUUCUAUGGAAAGAUUAAAGUAGGACUUCGAUUAAUAUUUAUGGCCUUUGGAAUCCAAAGAAAAAUAGAAGAAUAAUUCAUGAAUUUGUUCAUUGUGCUUUCCAGCUGAAGACAUUAACCAUUACGUCUAACUAAAACAGAAAUACAGCCAGUUUUAACCUUUUAAACGUUUCACUUUGUGAUCAAAGUAACCCUAUGUUUAUUUCCAUAUUUUAUGAUAUUGUUUAAACUUUAAAAUUUUAUUCACUUAAAGAACAUAAGCUAUUAUAUUAAAAUAUGUUGUCUGUGAAAGUUAUCAUUUGAUAGUUGGCUUAUAGAGUAACUUUUAUGAAUCUGUUUUAUGAGCUAAGUAAGGUUUAGCCUUUCUGCAGUCUCUCUCAUCUGUUGGGAACCUGUGAUAUACCUCCAUUUGUCCACAAGAUGGUAUUUAAAGCAAUUUGUUCAAAAGAACUGAGUAACAGAAAUAAAAGGUUACAAACAAUUUAGUGGACAACUAAAUCAAACUCUUGCCUUUGCACUUUUUUUUUUACUUCUGUAGAUAAUAUCUGUUAAUUUUUAAAUUUAUGUUUCUCCUAAUUUUAAGCAUCUAUAUGAAACAGGCACAAUAUGCUUUGGUUUGUUGACUGUUUUGAUUUUAUUUCUUUGGUGGAUAUAUAUGUGUUUACAUACUUAAUUAAGAUGAAGAUUUACUAUUCAUAACUGUUUAUACACCACUCUCAUAUUUUAGUGAUCAGUCUAAAUAAUUUUCCUACCUUUUAGACAGGAUAGAUACUCUCUUUCAACAGACAAGAAAAAAAAAGAUUAGCUUAUCACAAGAAGUAGACAAUUCAUAAAAUUACACAAUGCCUAAACUCUAUAUUAUUCAAUGUACUUAAAAUUUUACAAUUAGAUUUGUAUAAUGUUUAUAUUUUUCUAGAACAUAUCACUAUUUACAAAAGUACAAUUAGAUACUUUUUCCAAAGUACCAUUUUUAUUUUCAUAACAUUAAUAACACACUGAGAUUGAGAAUUUCUCUGUUAAGUGUUUUGCUGAAGUUGUUUUAAUAAAUACUCAGAAUAGUUUUGCAGAUUUGUUCAUCGCUCUUCUUAAAGUAUUUUUCACACUUGUCUGUAUCCACCUUCUGAAGACACACAAGUGUUUACUGUCAUGGUUUUCCAGUGUUAUUUCUUAAUACUUGAGUGUUGAUGCAUUUUUGCACUAUUCCCCUUUUGUACCAUCUCUGCUCACAAGGAUUAUGCAGGCUUUAAAGAGAAGGAGAUGCAGAAAAGGUUUGAAUUUGUAUCUUGUAUACCUACAUAAUUCAAAGUGACUUAGUCCAUUGAACUGUGUUUAUUAGCUGGCUGGGAAAGGUAGCAUUAAUUAUGUUAAAUUUGUUCAAUUGCUAAAAGUCUCAGGCAAUAGGACAAAGGACUGUUGUCAUUUUUAUUGUGUGGCAUACCUGGAGCUAUAAUCCAAAUGUUUUACUCAUCAAAAUUAUGGCAGAGUAACUGAUCAAUUUGGUUAAAUUAAAUCAAGACACAAGUGAACACAGAGAAAACUCAUUCAGAUAAGUAGACCCAUCACAGCGAGAAUUUGCCUGAAAGAUAAGACAAACUUGUAAGACCAAAGCUAAGUCUAAGAAAAUCUAAGUGGAAAAAAAAUUGCAAGUUCAGAUCCAAUGGUGAGUGUUGUGGUACAACUGGAGGACUUAGCUUCUUGCUUCAUGAAUUUGUCACAAGUGAAUACUAAUAAAGCGGGAGGUUUCACUAAAUGAGGAGGUAAAUAAGAUUUCAGUUUAUCAGAAGUGUAUGUAUUGUGUGACCAUACUAAGCUUCUGGGUGUAAGUAAAGUUGCUAGCUAUUUUACAACUUUUUAUUUUAUUGUGUUAUGUAAAGUACAUUUUGGGGAUAAAUGUUUUUCAGCACAUCAGUGUCUUUAAAUUCAGGUUGUAUUGGGUAUUUUACAACCUUUUUUUUUUUGAGACACUGUCUUGCUCUGUCACCCAGGCUGGAGAGCAGUGGUCCAACCUUGGCUCACUGCAACCUCCGCCUCUCAGGUGCAAGCAAUUCUCUGCCUCAGCCUUCCAAGUAGCUGGGAUUACAGCUGUCCGUCAUCAUGCCCCACUAAUUUUUUUGUAUUUUUAAUAAAGAGGGGCUUUCACCAUGUUGACCAGGCUGGUCUUGAACUCCUGACCUUGUGAUCCACCCGCCUUGGCCUCCCAAAGCACUGGGAUUACAGGCGUGAGCCACCAUGCCCAGCCAACUUCUUUAUUUUUAAAUAACAUUUAGGAUGUGUUUGCCCCUGUUUUGUUUGUUCUCUACCUUACCUCACCAAACUCUUUAAGGUUUAAUUGAAUAUACUCACGUUAAAUGCAAUGGCACUAGUUUUAUUCUAAAUCCCACAUGUACAUAACGCUUUGAGGCCUUGAUUCCUACAUGUUCAUUAAGCAUAAUGAGUUUGUCACCUAUCUCAGCAAUAAAGGAUUUGACUCUAUGUCAGGGAAAUCUAAGGUGCAGUUAUUCAGGCCGUAUCUACUCUUCAUCACUCCUGGAGGCUGAAGCUCCACACUUCAGUCUGUUCUGUUAGGUGUCAGCCACAGAGAUGCUCCAGAAGCACUCUUGGCCAACCACAAGCCCCACAGGUGUCCAAGGAAGUUUAAUUGGUCUAUUGCAGGGUUCACGUUUAUACCAUAAUUAUAGUUUUGUUUGUCACAUGUAUCAUCACUCAGCUUGAAAUAAUUAAGUUUAUCACCCAUCUCUCUGACAGUUCAUAAAAACUCUAGUUUAAUUAUUUCAGAUGAGAAUUAUACACAGAAAAGCCAGCAAGCAAGCAGUCCCUUGGGACUUUUGUCCCCCAGAGUGAUCAUCUCCCUAAAAUCAUUUUAGCUCUAGAGGUCCUUGAGGGAGAUAAGAAAUAACACAAUUUUUCUCAUCAGUGGAAGCUCUGGCAUCAUGAGUGAUAAGACAAUAGGCAAUAAGUAGUUGAAUACAUAGCAGGUUUUCUUAACAGAAAUUAAUUACAUCAAAACGUGCCAGAAGAUUUAUAUGUUUACCUAUACUGGGUAAUAACGUACAUAGUUCUUAACUAUUCCUAUCGUCAGGCCCCCUUCAGAUAAAUUAACUAGGUGCUCUCUAAAGAACAUUUUUGUCUUUUCAUGCACACAUUUUCAACUUUGAGAAGAAAUGGAAUUUCAAAUAUAUCUCAGAAAGAGAGGUCGUUUGUUGGAGACAAUUUCCCUCAUUUGUUCUUUCUCCAGCUACACUUCAAUAACUUGGAGUCAAGACUAAUUUGUGAAGGCAUCUUAAGCAGAAAGUUAGCAUGAAUUGUCAUUUUUAUUAAGACUAAAAGUAAUUUUCAGUUAGCAUCCUCUUCCUGAUACCCAGGUCUAUCAAAUAUGUUACACUUCCUCUUGUUAAUUAUUAAAAGAGCAUUUGAGCAUGUAUUUACAGACAUUACUGCAGUCAGCCCAUUUUGACUUAAAUAGUUCCUGAGCCAUAGGUACUUAAUACGGCCAUGUCCUGGAUCACAACUCACUAAAAAAGGCUACACAAUUGAAAAGUAUUUGACUCUGUAAAAAAGGACUUGACCUAUGUUUAUUGAACACAAGUAUUCUUUAUUAAAAACAUAUUUAAAACCAUUUAUGUCUGUUGCCCCUCUAUAAACAGCAAGAUUGCUAGUUUGCUAGUAUUUUUUCCUUAAUAUUGAGUUUUCACUACUUUUGCCAGGCUACCAGCAAAUAUUUUUAAGUAGUUUUCUUGAUAUUUGGAAAUCAGUGUUUCUAUUGGUUUUUCACUUAUGUUGGUUUACUUCAUUUAUUUUAGAGACAGGGUCUUGUUCUGUCACCCAGGCUAGAGUGCAGUGGUGUGAUCGUAGCUCACCACGGUUUCAAACUCCUGGUUUCAAGUGAUCCUCCAACCUCAGCCUCCCGAGUAGAUGGGACUCACUACCAUGCCUGGCUAAUUUUUAAACUUGUUUUUAUUUUUGUAGAGACGGGAGACUCACUGGUCUCAAAUUCCUGGGCUCAAGCUAUCCUCCCACCUUGGCUUCCCAAAGUGUUGGGAUUACAGGUAUGAACAACCAUGCCUGGCCUUGGCUUACUUUUAAACUCAGAGACUAUUUCUCAGAAACACUAUAAUCACUCACCAAAAAAUUUUAAAAAUAUAGUAGAGGUGAUCUUCUAGGGAUUUAUAUUAAGCUUAUUUCAAGUGGCAGAUAAAUCAGAUUUUACUGAUGUUUAAGAAUAACAGUAUUGGUUCAGUCAGUUUGAAACAUAAAGUAUCCAUACAUAAUCAGAUCCAUCACCUAUCCUGAUAUGACUACUCGUUCAUACUCUUCUGCAGAAGCCAAUUAUCCAAAACCAUGCCAGUGAAUUUAUGUGCUCAGUCUAGGAAGUGAUUUCCAUAGUUCGUAACCAACCUGUCAGGUAUUUGGGUUGAAAAUCAUAUCAUACUGCCAUAGACACACUGGCUAGAAAGAAAUCAGAAAUUAUUUGCCCUUAAUUAACAUGCCAGGUUCGAAACAACUUUAAUUAUUUACACUUUCCUCUCUCAGUGAGUGCUCUAGUUACCACUUCAUCCAAUCAAAAGUAUCCCAGAGAGGAUUUGAGAUUUCUGUUUUGCUAGAGAGACACACUUGGUCAGAUUCAACAUUUAUCAACUCUUUCAUGAAGGGAAUUUGCUGGGCGCUUUUCCUUGCAAUUUCUAUGUCAAGUAUCAACUGCUUCGGUAAACUACUUCACUUAACUGAAAUUUAUAAUGAAUUGUUCCUGCCAUUUGGAAUGUGGUAAUUUUGCAUAAUCUAUUUGUAAAUGGUUGUUUCCAAUGUUGCUGACUGUAUCUGUGGAGCUUGUUGUACAACCUUUACAUAACCAGGUUUGUAAAACAGUUGAGUGAACUGUUCUUUGAAAUUUUAUUUUUAAAUUUUCUUAUGAAUAUUAUAAAACUUGGAAGUAUGUUUGAUUAAUUUUUCUUUUAUUGUAUUUGAUUAUGUCACUCUAGUUAAAAUAAAAGCACUUGGUGGAAAGAUAA